AUGUCUCGACAAAGCCCGUCUCUUACACAAGCUGAGGCCGAUGCAACAAGAGCGGCUGAAGAAGCUCUGAUAAUCUACAAGUCGCGGUCGCGUACGGAGAGGAACAACGCUGUCAUAGCGGCAACCUCAGUGGCGAGAUUCCAACAGCACCCCGAUGAUCUUGAGGAAAUCAUCGCCACCUGCGGUGCCAGGGCAAGCGGUCGCAUGUCGCCAACGGAGCGGUUUGUAAAAAACAAGCGGGUCAACGCGAGACGAAAAGCUAUUUACCUGGAUCGUAAAUAUGGUCAUAUGGAGGCUACGGAAACCUUUCCCAUAUUUAAGGACGACAGUGACGAUGACUACGAGCCUGACGCUCCCACUAUCACCGUUCGUCAUGAGCUCCCGGCCACCAUUCGCAUAGUGACCCCUGUCGCUACGCCCGAUGAAUCUGACGAAGAGGAUGAGAAGGAGGGGGAGGAGGAUAAGGAGGAUAAGGAAAUUCACAUUCCCCGGGCGCGGACUCCGUACCCCGGCUGUGACAAAGCCAAGGCAACCGGCGGCCACAUGAACAUUACGGGGAAGUUCAAGAAGCUUAAGUUCCUCGUUGGCGGCGGAGACAAGAAGGAGAAGAAGGCGCAUGGGAGCAGACGGGCGUGA